AUGUUUAAAAUUCAUUACAAAACCGUUACCAACUUCCAGAUUUCGAUAAAAUUCUCCAAUCUCACUGAGGGUGACGUAGUGUUGUUAGACGAUCUCUCCGUACAAUUUACCUCAUGCUCGAUACCAGCGCGAAUCACUCCCCCUAGGAAAGAGAUGCCAAAGCCGGUUAAGACGGCUUUAUCGCGACAAAAACCUCAGUCGCCAAAUAAUAAAGUGUUUGCUGGACAAGAUGCACACAUAAUGCAGGUCGUGAGAGAUACUGAAAUUUUGAAGAAGAGGUUGUGUAAAGAAGGGGAAUGCACAACAAUCAUUCAUCAUCCUUCCGCUGGUUUCGUCCCACAUGAUCGCAUGUGUAUUGGUCGAGUUGGAUUGAUGCAGUGUCGCGAGAAAUGUUUGAGUGACGGUGCUGAGAGAACUACUGCACGCUGCGUUCGACAACACGAAUUUCCGUUUCAAAAGCGUUGUCUCUGCCAGGUGAGACGCUCACCAAUGCACACAGUAGACGGUGGCAGUCAUAAAGUUGGCAAGAACCCAGCACUACGGAACACGACAGAAAUGCCAAUCAAACGUGCACUGCUAGAAAAUCUAAGCGAAAAGAAGCGAAAUCACGAGUUAGAUGCCGGAGAUGUGCCAUUGUUGAAGGAGGACGUCUGUACUGAAAAUAAUGGGGAUGAAGUUUGCGAUCGAAAAUGCAGUAGCAAUGACACAAAUAGCAGCGAUUCUGCUCACUAUAAGAUCGGGGUUGGCUACAGUAACUCCCUGUGA